UUUAUAUUGGGAGAUACAAACUUAACAAAGUCACACAAAUGAGCAAUUGCAUACUGUAAUGGAAAAGUCUUGGGUGAAAAUAACCAGAGAUCAGGAAAGCAUGUGUAAAACAUAAGUUUACGUAAAUACUGGUGAUUAAUGUCGCAUGACUUUUUCACUCUGAGAGACCCGGCCGAAGGGACUUUGCUGGAAAACUUUGGGGACCAACUUCAUCUCCACGAGCUUAAUCCCAUCACAGCGAUUUGAGGCGAAGACAGGCGAGAAAGCCGCAAGCCUCCGGCAAGGCGCGCCGUCAGCCUCCUUUAACUUGCACUCCGCGCGGGGCGGGCCGGGCGAGGGACCCGGGGAGAAGGCGCGCGCGGGGGGAAGGGGGGUGGUGCGCGUGCGGCCGGCAGCGGGCGCGACACAGACUGCGCAUGCUCGGCAGAGGGAGCCGCAGGCGGAAGUCGCGCUUUGCGUAUUCAGUUACGACAGUCGCCAACUGAGGUUUCUGGAUAGCUUCCUAACUUUACGGCCACAACAAAUAUGGCGGCUUCCAGUGGCCGAUUUGAAAGUGCCAGAAGUAUCGAAGAGCGGAAAGAGCAGACACGGCUUGCCAGGGCUGAGGUGUUACGCCAGGCAAAAGCCAAUUUUGAAAAAGAAGAAAGACGUAAAGAGCUUAAACGACUUCGAGGUGAGGACACAUGGAUGUUACCUGAUGUGAAUGAACGAAUUGAACAGUUGUCACAGGAACACUCUGUGAAGAAGAAAAAGAAAAAAGAUAAACAUUCAAAAAAAUCUAAGAAAGAGAAGAAAAAAAAGAGCAAGAAACAAAAGUAUGAAAAAGAUGAGUCAGCCAGUAGUUCAUCAAGCUCUGAUGAUGAGUGGGUUGAAGCUUUUCCUUCCCAGACUGCUGACAAGAAAAAGGCCUGGAAAAUACAAGAUGAAAAGUCAGAAAGAGAAGACAGCCAAGCUGCUCAGAGGGAGGAGUGGAUGACUGUUGAUUUUAUGUCUGUUAAAACCGUGUCAUCAUCAUCACUCAAAGCUGAAAAGGAAACCAGGAGGAAAAUAGAGCAAGAGAAAGCUCAAGCACUUGAACAGUCUAGGCUGCUAGAAAGAGAAUUGAAUCCAUACUGGAAGGAUGGUGGAACAGGCCUGCCGCCAGAAGACUGCGGUGUGUCUGCAGUCACUAAAGUUUCAGUAAUAGAAGAUGGUGGUUUAAGCUGGCUAAGGAAAUCUUAUCGAAGAAUGAAGGAACAAGCUGAAAAGCAAAAUAGAAAUUUUGAGGACAUUGUAGCUGAAAGAUAUGGGUCCAUGGAAAUAUUUCAGUCAAAAUUAGAAGAAGCUGAAAAAGCUGCAUCUGCAAAAGAAGAUUGUAGACGGGAACGGUGGAGGAAAAUGGCAUAUUCAGAGAGUGGUCAAGAAAACAGAACAUCUGACUUGCUGAAACAUAACAGAGGUCCGAGGGAUAAGUGUGACACAACACAUCUUGUAAACAGCGUCAGAGACAGAUACAGUGGGGAUAAAAAAGACAGUGGGCACAAGUCUUUGGAGACAUGUAGAAGAGAAUGCAAUCCAAGGCAAAGUCAGGAGUUUUCUUCUCUUAGAAAUUUGAAACCUAACUUCUUAAGACCCUCUGAUGAUGAAGAAGUGUCACUUCCUAGCAAGGGCAGGUGUUUUGAGCCAUCUCGCCACUCAUCCUCGGCACUGGUUGCUCAGGAUUCUUUGCGUUGCAGUUUUCGAAGACCCACAGAGAUCUAUGAAGCAAGUGCAUUAAGGAGUCGAUCUGAUGGGCGAGAAGGGGAAAGGAAGCAGACAUGUCAGAAACCACUAGAAACCAGCCACAGUGUGGACUGCCAGCACAUUUCCGAAGACGCUAGUGAAACAUCACAGGAUGGAAAUUUAAGAGAUGACUCUUUGGAAAAAGUGCUUCCGCAGGACACAAAGCCUUCAUUUGCUGGAAAUAAUUCUGAUGAUGAGUCCACCCACAUCUUGAGUGUUGAUGAAAAGAACAAGUUGGGCGCCAGGAUCAUCAAAGCAGAAAUGAUGGGGAAUAUGGAAUUAGCUGAACAACUUAAAGCCCAACUUGAGAAGGCAAAUAAAGUCAAAGAAACUGUAACACAAGUAUCGUCGAAAAAAUCUGACUUAGAGAGUGAAGACCAGCAGGAAGUGGUCCUUGUCAGAACAGAUCCGUCUGGAAGAGUGUGGCCUGUGAACGCUCCAGCUAAACUUCUGGAAUCUAAAGGAAGAAGAGGGAAGAGACAAAUGGCUUCUACCCAUGAAGAAAAAGAAAGGGUCAGAUACUUUCAUGAUGAUGAUAAUCUAAGUCUAAAUGACUUAGUCAAGAAUGAAAAGAUGGGGACGGCAGAAAAUCAAAACAAACUUUUUAUGAGAAUGGCAUCUAAGGUCUAUUUAUGUUUACCCAACUUCCGUUCUCUUACUGAGGGACAUUGCCUGAUAGUCCCUUUGCAGCACCACAGAGCAGCGACUUUACUGGAUGAAGACAUCUGGGAGGAAAUUCAGAUGUUCAGAAAAUCACUGGUAAAGAUGUUUGAAGAUAAAGGAUUGGACUGCAUCUUUUUAGAAACUAACAUGAGCAUGAAGAAACAGUAUCAUAUGGUUUAUGAAUGCAUUCCUGUCCCCAAGGAAGUGGGUGAUAUGGCCCCCAUCUAUUUUAAGAAAGCCAUAAUGGAGUCUGAUGAAGAGUGGUCUAUGAACAAGAAAUUGAUUGAUUUGUCUUCAAAAGAUAUCAGACAGUCUGUACCCAGAGGCUUACCUUACUUCUCUGUGGACUUUGGCCUCCAAGGAGGGUUUGCCCAUGUCAUUGAAGAUCAGUACAAAUUCCCUCAUUACUUUGGAAAGGAAAUCAUUGGUGGAAUGAUGGAUGUAGAACCAAGACUUUGGCGGAAAGGAAUCAGAGAAAACUUUGAGGACCAGAGGAAAAAAGCCCUGCAGUUUGCUCAGUGGUGGAAACCAUUUGACUUCACUAGAAGUGAACAAUGUUGAGUCUUCCCUUUGAUUUCUUUUUCUUUUUUUUCCUCUUCAGGUUCCUUUGUCCUGUUUGCAUCUCACUAGACCACUGACUGCUCAGUCACAGAUGUAGAGAAUCUGGCUCUAGGCCUGAUGGUGCAUCAGAGCACCGUGGUGUGUCUUUCCUCCUCAGCUCCUGGGGUGACCGUGCAGUGAGGGCUGAUCAGCUGGGUGACCUGUUCUUGUUCUCUACCUGGUGGUGGUGAUGUGAACUAUUCAGUUAAUAUGUACAGGGACCUUUCUGAGAGUUUAUCUAGGAAGUACAGCAUGCCACUGUUUCAAGGCAAUUGAUUCCACUGUAAGUCUUUGUGUUGGCUUCUUUUGCAUUUUUUUAAACUGAAAGUUGGCAUAUUCAGUAACUGCAAUUUCUCUUCAUGACAUUUUAUACCUGUAGCACAUUUAUCACUGCUAUUCUUUUUAUUACAGGAAAAAGAAUUGUCCCAAAUGUAAUGUAAACAAAUUAAAUGAAGUAUAACGUG